AUGCGCCUCCCAGAGACUCCGCCGGAAGAGGAAUCGUUUUCCGCGGGUUGCGGAGGAGGAGGCUCCUCGGGUACGACGGGUGGUCCGGCGAAAACAGUCAGCGAUAACGUCUGGUGCGGAUCGUCCGGUGAGGAUCCCAAGUUGAACUCUUGCGCGGAUUGCGGUGUCAGACCGCGUUGCAUGAACAAGGGGUACUCCGCCAGCAACGCUAGCUGGCUGAGGUGGGAGACGUUUAGGAACGAAUCAUCUGAGUUGUUUCCAGCGGUGAUUAACACGGCUGUUGCCGAUGAAUGA